AUGGCGGUGUGGGAGACCGCUACACACCGUGGGGGUUGCGGGCGACAUCCCUCACCACGAGAGGUUUCUCCGCUCCAUACACAACAUGAAGAAACGUUGGAAUAUCAGGUGACUGAGCUAGGGGGCAACAGGGAUCCUCCGCCAAACAAUUCCCCCCUUUCCUGCGGACCACCACGGUCUCCCUCGGACUACGACACUGAUCACCCCGCGUGGGACAGCAGCGAUGAGGUGGAUGCUUUCGGCUGGGCUACGGAUACGAGCUGUGGCUCAGCUAACGGGGCUUCGGCCAACAUGCAGCUGAAAAUGCUACACGAGGCCACUCGCUGGUUCCCUCACACAAACUUUUACGACAGUAUGAAGGCCAACGCACAGUCUGAGGUCGACAAGAAACGUGAACAUAGAGAUGCAGUGACCGGCAGGUUGCGUAUCGGGGGGCUAUUCCUUAGUGUCUUGCUCUUUAUUUGCGUCACGCAGCGGCAGAGCAAUCUGGAAGAGAUUCCCCUUAAGGCCCUUCAGAUGGGGGGCAUGAAGUUUUUAGUGUGGGCUUCUCUCUUAAGCUGCAUUUGCUCCUUGCCCAUCAUGAUCACAGAUGUUGCUCUUGGUCAGUCCACACAGGGCUCUGUAAUCACAGCCCUGAACGGCCUCGACAAGCGCCUUCGAGGGCUCGGUUUGGCCAUUGCAGGCUGCAGUGCUUUGUUUGCAAUUGCACAGACCUAUGUGUCUUCUCUUGUAGUCCACUUCUUCUUUACUUCAGUUGCGUCCCUCUCCAAGUGGCUGCACAACAACGACUCCCUAAAGCGCGCCUGUGUAGCUCUGUCAACUGCCGAGUGUAUUGCGGACUCUCGCUGCAUAAUGGGGGCUGAAAAUGUCUGCCACCCUGCGCUAGAGGCGUACAUCAGUGCCUCUUGGCCAAACUUUCUUACAUCGACGGACACAACAACCAAAGCGUGCAAGGCGCCGCGGACUUUGGGAGCCGUUGGGGCGUGUGCUUUUCCUUGUAUAUUUAUCUUGUUGCCUGCCCUGGUGGUAUUGGAGGUGUCAGCGGAGGGACAAAAACACUCUUUGCUUGAUAUUUUCAUGCUGCCGAACAAAACGCUUCCCUUUGAGGACGUUUAUUAUGUAGUUAUUAUGCUACCAUUGCUUGUGUACAUGCCUGGGGAUGCAGCGGUCCUAACUGUUGCUUCCUACGACAAACAAUCUCACAAUCCUAUAAUUAUCAGCUUCUUGUGCUUUUUUGCCAAAUGGUUGGUGGCAUAUAUGUCGCUGUACCUGCUCUUCUUCGCUGAAGGACUCUCUCCGGAUCCCCAAGCAUUCAGAGAGAUGUUUAUGCCUAAAUCUCCAGACUGGAUCACUUCUGGAGGGCCAGGAAGUGCUGUGUUUCCGGUUAUGUGGUACGUGAUUGCGCGCAUGUGGCCUGCAUCGUGGCUUCUUGGGUUACUUUCCUUUGCUGCAAUCUUGACGCAGCGCAUUUCGUCGUGCUGGUGUCUCACAAUGGUCUUAUGGUCUGCGCUUCAUGAGAUGCGUUGGCUAAAGGCCUCCCCAGUGAGUGGAUUGCGCGGUUUAUCCUCUGCAUGCCCCGUGAUAACCACUGAUCUGUUUGGCCAAGAGAAGGAACAGACUGGUUUCCAAAAGACCGGCGCAUGCAGAAGCACAAGAGACCGGCGAUCUGGAUGCACGGAUGGACGGGGAUCGAGCAGUGAGGCAGGAACACGGAGAUCCUCCCCCCUUUCCCGCAUUCUCAAGCGGACUGCUGGAGAGAAGUAUGAUUAUGAAGAUGAGGAUAGGGCCUUCGCAGCACUGGAACCCCUUUUUGAUGCCAAACCUGACGCUGCUGCCGAUACACUACUUUCUUGGUGGGGGGGUCCCGAUAUGGAUGACCACAAAAAGGUUGGAGAGUCAGCGGAUGGAUCCGGUCGUCGCCGAAUAAGCAAGCCAUUGCUAGCCUGUAUAGCAUAUGGACCGCCUGCCAUUCUAUCGGCCAUACUCAUAUCUUUCAGCCUACCCAUGGACACAAAAGACGGCCCCCGCUUUAGGGCGUCCAUGCAUUACAUUUUGCUGUUGAAUGCAGAUAUUCUUCUUCGGUUGCUUUUAGGGAGUGCCAAAUGUGUACAUGUCGCUUGGCUGUUUGGAUUUAGGGAACAGGUACAGCGGGUUGGACUGUUGCCGCUACUUGUGCUUGGUUGUGGAUUGAUUGCAGUGAUGCUAGUGCCACUAUUCCGAAUCAUUUUUCCGAUCGACUACUCCGACUCACUAUUACUGUUGCUUGUUUUACCAGUGGUGUUCAUGAGCAUUGCUAUUCUAAUUGUCACACUGCAGACGGCAGUUAAUCUCCGUGACAUCCUUGCUGAAGGAAAGGGCCCCCAGAGGCCGAAGAGGGGCAGCCAAGGGAGUCGGCGUUCCUGGAAAGGGCUUCACCGUUCUGGGGCCAGAAGCUUGUCACACCCCCGGAUUCUCCCCAUGCUUCCCCGCGUUGUAAAUUCUGCAUGUAACUCAAGGGAAGAGCAUUUCUUACGCAGUAGGAGCUUACGGGUAGAGCGACUUUCUUGGAGGCCCCGAUUCAUCGCCUCCACCCUUCCAUUCAAGCAGAAGCUAUACAAACAGGCCCACAACACAGCGGAAAGAGAGAGCAUGAGUGAUUCGAGAUGCGUGCGACACGGGAACCGCCGCAUACGCCGAGCGGGGUCUGUGCUGCAGUUGUUCCUACGACUUCUCAAGAGCAACCUUUACUGGACGCUUAUCGGAAACGUGGAAAUCCUUCGGGCCAACCUUAAUAUGGCACUCUCUGGGUGCCCCACAAAGCCGAUCCCAAUGAUAUGGGGCUGGCUCUUGAAGUUUGUGGCAACUCCCUGGUUGUUGUUGGACUUUAUGGAACAUUUGAAUGGCAGCCUUCCAAAGAUUAUCGGAAGCAUCGAAGGCCCAAGGGGUUUAACGGCAUCUGUCUUGCUUGUGUGGAUUGUAGUUGUUUUAGGCAUCAUAUUGUGGGGGGCGCUUUUCCCAGAUGCUUUGGAACCCUUGUUGCCCCUCCGUACAUUGGAUUUUCCCCGCUGCUGGGUGCCUAGGGUUUCUUUCCGUUGGCGGCUAUCCCUAUUCGAUGACAUCAAUCCUAAGUUCUUCAAACAAAAUCAUUAUGGAGGUAGUGCUCGACAAUACCAGGCAAAGUUGGGGACGGGGAUAUUUGGUUUCGAGGGAGAAGACGUCGGGUGUGAACGACCGGAGGGUGGAGAGCUACUAGAAACAGCAAACAAAAACUCAAUAAGCUUUCAAGGAAAAUCUUUAUACUCCAGAGUUUUCUCUUUAUUGUGUGUUCCCAGGGCGAAAAGAGGCUCAGUCUUUCUCCAUCGUGCCAAUAAAGCAGCACCAAGAGGCAAAACAAUGAAUGGGCACCAGGAGAUGACCAUUGGAGAGGCAUUAGCUAUCGAAAAGGGAGCCCACCCUAGCCGACAGCGACGGGGAAGGGACGUAUGCGGGGAGGCUCCAGACGCGUCACCACGCCAGGUGGCAUUGAUUCAGCUUGCGCUUAAAGGACACUUGGCAUCUGUGAUAGUUAGUGAACCCAAAUGA